AGCCGGGUGGGGCCUAUUGGUUGAGUCGUGGCUGCAGCAAGCUUUAGUAUGAAAGUCUCCAGAGUGGAGAGAACUGGGCUCGGAAAGAGAGACACCGGGAUUUACUUUUUCGGACGCAUUCGCGUUCAAUCUGUUCCUCGUGUUGCAUCAAUGUAGAAAAUUCAAUUGCUGGAUCGAUGUGUAAAUAUGUGACAAACCGGUAACGCGAGGUGUGCAAGAAAUAAAAAUGUUGCCGCACCACGCACGACAUCGCAUUCUGGUGCUCAUUUUAGCACUCUGCCAAGCACGUGUGUAUAGUGUGUCGGCAAGUGACAAACCAAAUAUUUCGCCGGACGAAGGACAAAUUGUAAUAAACGAAGGAGAACCUCUAGAGAUUACGUGCACUGGUUCUGCACCAAUUAAGUUUGUUUAUCCCGACGUUUUUGGAGACGCGGUUAAUACUUCAACCCCAAAAACGAGCAAGGAAGAAAAAAAUGGCAUUUAUCAAUAUGUUUUUCAAAGACCAAACACCGUUUUCGGUGAUACAGGCUGGUACGGUUGCACCAAUUACAAUGUUGAAAUUACUAAAAAUUUCUACGAUGACCCUGAGGUGAACUGGUUGUACGUCUAUGUGAAGUCUAAUACGAAUUUAUUCGUGGAAGCAGAGACUUUUGCCCCCCUGAGUGCAAUCGCUGGCGGUAGUAUUGUAAUACCAUGCAGACCUACAUCGCCAGAUCUAUUGCCUAUCUUGUCUGAUCACAAUAAUGAAGAAGAAUUGAUGAAAGAGGCGUCAUUUGAUCCAAGAAUUGGUUUUACAAUUAGGAAUCUGCUGGUGAAAGAUAGCAGUUGGUACAAGUGCUCGAUAGAGAAGGAUGGUGAAGAGCACGCGGUCAAUUAUAUAUUGUCUGUACACCUAAAACAAAUCUUACCUGAACCAAAAAUUCAAGAUGAUAGCCUGCUACAUAUUACACGUGGACAAGAUCUCUAUGUUAAUUGUACUGUCGAAGUGGAGCUAUCCAUGCAAUACGUAAUCAAUUGGCAUACACCACAGCAGAAUAGCAGUAGAAUAAGCACUGAGCAAUUCAGAAAACAUCUCGACGGGAAUUCUGUCCUAGUUACGUCUCAGUUGAUAAUACUUAAUGUAACAGACAAGGACGCAGGAGAAUAUGAGUGCAUCAUUAGGUCGAGACAUGACAUCAAGAGAGUAACAAAGAAUAUCAUGAUACAUGAUCCUCAAAUGAAAUAUAUAAAUCUUGUACCUCAACACACUGAUAAAUAUUAUCAAGCCGAAAGCGGUAGUUACAUUCAAUGGGUUGUUUAUGUUGAUGGCUAUCCAAAACCGUAUUUACAAUGGUUCAAGCCUAAUGGCGAAGAAAUUAUAGAGAGCCCAAAGUAUUUCAUGAACACAAGUGCAACAGCUACCACUUUGAAAAUAAUUUCAUUAAGCGUAAUGGAUACAGGAAAUUACACACUUGAAGCAAAAAAUGAUUAUACGAUCGAAAAAGUGAACUUUACAUUGGAUGUUAUAGCUAAGCCGGUUUCCUUACUGACCCGUAUCGACCCUUACUAUCCACCUAAUGAAAGUACAGAGUUUUAUUGUGAAGUAAUAUCUAAUCCACCUCCAAAUAUAACAUGGAGUUUUCUGAAGUGUCCCUUUUAUCCAUCGCUUGAAGAUUCAACAACUGUACAUCUGACGGAUGUGAUACAAAUUGCACCUUACAGCUCUAGUUACAGAUUUGAAUCAACAGUAAAAAUGCCUGUGGAAGUAUCAGGGAAAAUAACGUGUAAAGCUUGUAAUGUCUUUGCCUGUGAUUCUGUAACUGAGACCAUUCUUGUUUCGGAUGGAGUAGGUGCUUUUGGCAUUAUUGGGCCAAAAGAGCCUGUGACGAAAGGCGAUGACAUAGAAUUGACAUGUGCCGCUUCUGUUUACAAUUAUACGAAUGAAUUUAGAUGGUCCAUACUGAUAAAUCAAACUGAAGAGCCACUUGUAGAAACAGAAACAUUACAGAUUGUGCAGCAUAAAACUCCAUUUACUUAUCGAUCAACGUUAACACUCAAUUAUGUUCAAGAAUCAGACGCCAAAGAUUAUUUCUGUACAGGAAAAAUCAUGAAUGCAUUGAAUCACGACACUUUAGAAUCUCUUUCUGACUAUGCAAAUUACAAAUUAGUUAUCCACGAGCCGGUGUCGCCAUAUUUUGUCAGAACUAAUAUGAAUGAAACUAAAAUACGAACUAUUGAUGUAAUCGCCGAAGGCCACAAGACGGUGAUAUUGCAAUGUUUUGCAGAAGGUAUGCCAAAACCAACAGUGACAUGGUAUAAGGACAAUAUGGUGUUAAAGGAAAAUGAUCAAUUUUUUUUUAAAUAUGAUUAUCAAGAACUAAAUAUAAAAUAUUUGAAGCAACAUGAUAGCGGAAAAUAUUCGUGCCAAGCUAUUAGUCGAUUGGGUACCAACGAGAUAUAUCAGCAAAUAAUGGUGAAAAAUGCAAAAUGGCACAAGCUUGAUAUUAUAUUAGCUACUUCAAUAGCUAUUCUAGGUUUCAUCCUAAUAAUUUUAGCGAUCUUCUUUACGAUUAAGGUUCGUCGUGAAAAGAAAAUGAGAAAAGAAUUAAUGGAAGCAGGUCUUAUGCACUUUGAAGAAGGUGCUUUAGAAUGUUUAAAUCCAGAUUUGACAGUUGAUGAUCAAGCAGAAUUACUUCCUUAUGAUAAGAGGUGGGAAUUUCCAAGAGAACGAUUGAAACUUGGAAAACAAUUGGGCAGUGGUGAAUUCGGAGUUGUAAUGAAGGCAGAAGCUCAAGGAAUAUGCGAAAAUGAUAGUAUCACUACAGUUGCUGUGAAGAUGGUUCGUCGGACUACUAAUCCAACUUACGUACGUGCACUUGCGAGUGAAUUGAAAAUUAUGGUGCACCUUGGCAAGCAUCUGAACGUCGUUAAUCUUCUUGGUGCUUGCACUAAAAAUAUUUCCAAACGUGAAUUGCUGGUGAUUGUCGAAUAUUGCCGCUUUGGAAAUCUGCAUAAUUUCCUUUUACGACAUAGAAAUGAUUUUAUUAAUCAAAUUGAUCCCAAAACUGGAAAACUCGAUCCAACUGUCGGUAUGGAUAUAUUGACGAGGGCUGUCAGCAUCAGUAGUAAUAACAGGAUAAAAUAUGCGGCAUUGUCCUUUUCUCGCAGUCUUAGUGUAAAUUCAGACACUGGUGUGGUGGUUCACUACAGCCCGGGAACAAAUCCGGACUCUCCAGAGAUUAAUUUCUCGCCAGACAGCUGUGUCAACAGUAAUUCAUCUCAACCAGAAUGGAGAUCAAAUUACUGCGGUGACUACAAAGACCAAAAUCUCAAACCAAUCUGCACCCAGGAUUUAUUGUCUUGGGCAUUCCAAGUAGCGCGUGGAAUGGAAUAUCUCAGUCAAAGAAAGGUAUUGCAUGGUGAUUUGGCAGCAAGAAAUAUCUUACUUGCCGAAGACAACAUAGUGAAAAUUUGCGACUUUGGUUUAGCAAAGACUAUGUACAAAGACGGCAAUUACAAAAAAAAAGGUGACGGGCCAGUGCCUAUAAAAUGGAUGGCCAUCGAAUCGAUUAGAGAUCGAGUUUUCUCGACGCAAUCGGACAUAUGGAGCUUUGGUAUAGUGCUUUGGGAAUUUUUCACACUGGCUGAAACACCAUAUCCUGGUAUGGAGGCAGAGAAACAGUAUCAAAAAUUGAUCGAGGGCUAUAGAAUGGAACAGCCUGAAUAUGCUAUUCGUCAAGUAUACGACAUAAUGUUACAAUGCUGGAAAGCCAAGCCGACACUACGUCCAAGCUUUACAGAUCUUGUAGAAAGUAUUGGAAAUUUAUUAGAAGAAAGUGUAAGAUUGCAUUACAUCAGUCUGAAUACACCGUAUAUGGAUAUGAACACGUUAAAUCUGGAGAGCGGGAAAAACGACUAUCUGACGAUGAUGUCCGCACCGGAUCAUACGAUUCUAUCAUCCCCAAAUCACGAUUAUGUAAACUCGCCAUUUUUGGAAAACCCAUCGGAUCCAUCGUACUUGUGCAUGAGUCCUAGUUCUCCAACGGAUGAGUCCGGGAUAUUUAGUCCUAGACCACAGGACGAGCACUCGCACUUCAACUUUCCAUCGCCCACAUCAGACUUUGAGGAUGCAGUCGAACAAUCUCCAAUGCUGAAGCACGAAGAGGAUCCUUACUUGAAACCGAUCAAUGUCCUCGAGCGAAGAGCAGAGUUCGCACGGCAGAGGCAAGCAAUGAAGAAUCAGAUGGUCGCUAGACCGAUAGAACGAGAUUCCGGUUAUUGCAAUGCACCGCAGAAUCUUCAUCUGAUAGAUCUGAACGACAUCGACAACGCCGUGCAAACGGACACAAUGGACUCAAAGACAAAUUACACGCCAUCCAUUAUCAGCACACAAGACAAUUACGUAAACAUGCCAAAACAGAAGAAUGAUCUAAGUCUAAGAAAGAAUAUACCGGACAGCUUCAGCAAUCCCAGUUACGUGAUGAUCAGUAACUGCGAGAUGGACCAGAAAGCUUAGUCCGCUUAGAGUUUUUAAUCUCGCUCUUGUAAAUACCGAAUUAUUUUAAAAGUAAAAUUCGACGUGGUUUAGUAAUUUAUUCAUAAUUCUACACUCCAAUAUUUUAUGAUAUUUUUACUGUUACAGUUGUAAUGUUAAAUCUACACUGUAGUGUCAUCUGAUUUCUGAAGAUUUUUUACAAAGUUGUGUCUUUUUUGCGUAGAAUGCAUUCUGA